AUGUCGGGGCAAUCACAGCGUUUGAAUGUGGUCCCCACAGUGACAAUGCUUGGAGUGGUGAAAGCACGUUUGGUUGGAGCAACAAGAGGCCAUGCUCUUCUGAAGAAGAAAAGUGAUGCUUUAACUGUUCAGUUUCGUCAGAUCCUGAAAAAGAUUGUUUCGACAAAGGAAUCGAUGGGCGACAUAAUGAAAACCUCAUCCUUUGCAUUAACUGAGGCUAAGUAUGUAGCUGGCGACAACAUCAAGCACGUCGUGCUUGAGAAUGUUAAAGAAGCUUCACUCAGGGUGCGUUCUCGUACUGAGAACGUUGCUGGAGUGAAGCUUCCGAAAUUUGAUUAUACUGCUGACGGCGAGGCCUCGAAGAAUGACCUUACUGGAUUGGCUAGAGGUGGUCAGCAGGUGCAGCAGUGCCGUGUCGCUUAUAUUAAGGCAAUUGAGGUUCUUGUUGAGCUUGCGUCGCUUCAGACAUCUUUCCUUACCCUUGAUGAUGCUAUCAAGACUACUAACCGUAGGGUUAAUGCUUUGGAGAAUGUUGUGAAGCCGCGGUUGGAGAAUACUAUUAGUUACAUUAAGGGUGAGUUGGAUGAGCUUGAGAGAGAGGAUUUCUUUAGGUUGAAGAAGAUUCAGGGUUAUAAGAGGAGGGAAAUUGAAAGGAAGAUGGUGCUUGCUAGGGAGCAACAAGCUGUUGAGAAGUUGCACUUGCAGAAAGGAGCGACUUGGAUUUCUUAUGAUUCCUCUCAGAACUUGUUGUCUGGUACAGCUGAUAAAGACGAGGAUAUCAUUUUCUAA